AUGGUCUUAUUGAAAUUUUAUUCGUGUUCUUUUUUAUUAUCUCAACAUGUUCGAUGUUUACAUCGAUCAAAAUUUCUUUUGGCUCGAGGGAUACGUCGUCCAAAUGAUUCCGUUCCAUCACCGCCACCACCAUCACCAUUUACAUCUAUGGAUAAAAGUUCAUUUGCAGAUGAUGAUAAUACAAAUCAAAUGUCAAUACAAGAACAAUUUGCUCGUCUUGAAUUACAACGACUUGAACAACAAUCCGAAAAACCUCGUGAAGAAUCAAAUUCAUUUAUCGAUGAGGAGACUGAAGUUUUAAAGGAAAAAGAAUUUGAUGAAGAAAAACCUUCAAAACCAUUUAUAGAUCCAAGUACAACAAGUAUUAUUCUGUUUCCUGGUCAAGGUACACAAUUUAUUGGUAUGGGACAACAAGUAAUCAACUAUCCAAAUGUAAAAGAAAUGUUUAAUAUAGCAAAUCGAAUACUUGGUUAUGAUCUUUAUUCUAAAUGUAUAAAUGGACCAAUUGAAGAUCUUAAUCAAACUUUGUAUGCUCAACCUGCUAUUUAUGUUACAUCAUUAGCUGCUGUACAAAAAUUAAAGACUGAAAAUCAAAAAGCAGUUGAAAAUUGUGUAGUAACAAGUGGUUUUAGUGUUGGUGAAAUUACAGCACUUGUUUUUGCAGGUUGUAUGACAUAUGAAGAUGGUCUUCGAUUAAUAAAAGUACGUGCUGAAGCAAUGCAAGCAGCAUCAAAUGAAGUUAAUAGUGGAAUGAUGACUGUUUUUAUUGGUCGUGAUACAAAAUUAACAUUAGCUAUUGAAGCAGCACGAGAAUGGUGUAAUAAAUAUAUUAAAAUUGAUGUACCAUGUAUACAAAUUGCUAAUCAUAUGUAUGCUGAAUGUAAAGUACUUGCUGGCCAUAAAGAGGCUUUACAAUUUAUUGCACAUAAUUAUAAAGUAUUUGGUAUACGUCGAAUAAAAUAUUUGCCUGUAAGUGGUGCUUUUCAUACACCAUUAAUGUCAUCAGCAAAAUUAAAAUUAAUAAAAGUAUUAGACAAAAUUGAUAUGCAACCACCACUUAUUCAAGUUAUGUCAAAUGUAACUGGUAAACGUCAUACAAAUGAUAUUUCAACAAUUAAACGAUUACUGAGUCAACAAUUAACAAAAAGUGUCUUUUGGGAACAAUCAAUUCAUAAAAUGUAUCAACGAGAUAAACAUGAAACAUAUCCAAAUACAUAUGAAUGUGGUCCGGGACGACAACUUGGAUAUUUACUUCGAUUAAAUAAUAAUAAAGCAUUUCAACAAUAUCAUCAUAUCGAUGUUUGA